CUUUGGGAAAGUGAUCUUCCCUGUCCUAGAGCACUAACGUCUAACACUCCUUGGCUCGCUUGGGGUUACUCAAAGGAAAGGACAUUCAAAAAGGUUUCCUCUGAACAUAGAAACUCUGAACAAAUUCUGUUGAGAAAGGUGCAGGGACAGUUAAGGAGGUUGAGAAUAAUCUGAAAGUUGCCUGUUGUGGGAGGCAAGAAUGGGAGCUGGGCUGACCUGAAUGGUCUCCGUCAGGGAGGGACCACACCCAAAUCCUGUAAUCCAAUCUAGCAAUUAGAGUGGAUUAGAGGACUUUGUGCCUUAUCCCAGGGACCAAAAGCCAUAAAAGGUGGAGGUGAGGUUCACUAUCUGACAUUUGGAAACUGGCACAGUGAGAGGAGCAUCCCUUUGCGAACCGAAGCUCCUGGUUGAAUGUAUUUGUGGACACUGUUUCUGCAGACAUGGAGGCUGCCCACCUCCACCCCUCAGAGGAGCCUCAGUUCAGCGCCUCUCCCAAACCCCAGUCAUGCUGGUCAAGGAGAGGCGGUGCUGAAGUCCACGGAGGACCCUCUGUGCCCGAGACGACAUCCCCUGCAUCAAAGACACUCUCCUCCCCGACUGACCCGUUGGCUCCUGCAUCAGCAGGGCUGCCUCCCACCAAGACGCCUCUGAGUUGGAAGAGCCUUUCCCAGGUGGGAGCCGGGCUUCAGAACAUGGGCAACACUUGCUAUGUGAAUGCGACCCUACAGUGUCUGACCUACACAGAGCCCCUCGCCAGCUACAUGCUGUCCCAGCAGCACGGGACCACCUGUAGGAGGCAGACAUCCUGCAUGCUGUGUACCCUGCAGGCUCACCUGACGCGGGUUCUCUGCCAUCCUGGACGUGUGCUCCGGCCCCUGCCACUCCUGCUCGCCGCCUUCCACAGACACAAGCAGGAAGAUGCCCAUGAGUAUCUCAUGUUCAUUCUGGAUGCAAUGCAGCAAGCAUGCUUGCCUGAGGACAAGCUCUCAGACCCUGAGUGUCCUCAGGACAGCACCCUCAUCCAGCAACUCUUUGGGGGGUACUGGAGGUCUCAAAUCCAGUGUCUCCACUGCCAAGGCACUUCAAGCACUCUGGAACCUUACCUGGACAUCAGCCUGGACAUCGGGGCUGCUCACAGCAUCAGCCAAGCUUUGGAGCAGUUGAUGAAGCCCGAACUGCUGGAAGGUGAAAAUGCCUACCAUUGUAGUAAGUGUCUGGAGAAGGUGCCUGCGUCCAAGGUGUUGACUUUGCACACUUCCCCGAAGGUCCUCAUCCUGGUCUUGAGACGAUUCUCAGACUUGACAGGCAACAAAAUGACUAAGGAGGUGCAAUAUCCUGAGCGCCUUGACAUGCAACACUGCCUGUCUGAGCAGAGGGCAGGACCCUUGGUUUAUGUGCUCUAUGCCGUGCUGGUGCACACUGGGAGGAGUUGCCACAGCGGACAUUACUUCUGUUUCGUAAAGGCAGGAAAUGGCCAGUGGUAUAAAAUGGAUGAUGCUAAGGUCAGCGCCUGUGAUGUGACUUGCGCGCUGCGCCAACCUGCCUAUGUCCUCUUUUAUAUGCAGAAGACUGAUCUGGAGAGAGACCUUGGGAGGGAGUUAGUCGAGGAGGGAGGACUCGCAUCUCCCGAGGCAGACCCCACGGUGGUGGGUGAGGCCUCAGGAGAGCCGGCAACGGAUCCCUCCGUGAACCUUCCUGAGUUGGAGGAGUGUUGGGAAGAGACCUCAAGGCAACAAAUGACAUUAGACCAGUGGAGAUGCCUCCAGGAACGCAAUCGACCUAAGCUUGAACUCAAUGUCAGGAGAAGAGAAAUUGCUCUUCCUGCAAACGCAGUCAUCCUUCACCACUCCAAAUACAGACCUGAGAUGCCGAAGAAUCAUCCUCAGCAGACCGUCGACGUGCUCACCACUGCACCUGGGAUGCUCCCACCUCAGGUGGCCGGGGACGUGGCCAAGGUCCCACGUGUGCCAGGGAGAGCCCGACCUACCAAGAGGAUGAGCAAGAAGGGACAGAGGUCUGGGGAAGCAGUCCAGGGAUGUGUCUCCUAACUUUGGUGCACAUGGGCGCACACACCCACACACACAGCAUCACUCACUCCAAACCCGAACACAGACCCAUACUGGAAAUACUUUGUGUUGUGAGAAGUGUGUGUUCUGUAUGUAUGGAAGAACCAUCUAUCUGGUGUGUUCAUGGGAUAUGGCCUUCAACUGAACCUAGAGGACACUGAUAUUUAAACCUGGGUCUUUGUCAUGAUCUUAUAUUGGGAUAGUGUGGAUUUCAUAUGGGGUGUAUCGAGGAACCUGCCUCGCCUUCAGCCUUGGGGAGAGUGGGGGCCACUUGCAGGUGAGAGGCAGUGAGCAGUCAGGGUUGAGAGUCGAUAUGAUGCUGAGGACCUGGGGUUGAAGUAUGUUUGACCCUCUCGUCAUGGUCCCCCUUCCCAAUGCUUUUCUUCUAUUUAUAUUGAAAGAAUAUUUGUCUGAACACAUGAGUAUGUAUUGGGUCUUGCUAGCGAUGUGUCUUGGUCAAUGCUUGGAAAUUGUAAGAAGGAAAUUAAGUGCUUACUUUUGGGACAAUAACUGCAUCCAGCCUGAUAUAACCAUAGUGAUUAUAUUAUGUUCCCUUCACUCUCUCCCACAUUAAGACUGAAGAGAAGCAAACUAACAAGGGCUCUUAUUCCAAAAGGAAAUGCCCAGCCUCCCACUGAAUAUAACUUUUUACAACUCUUGCUACCAUCUGCUCUGUGGCACCUCCUGACCCAGAAGCAGUGGACUCUGGAUUUCAGACCAGUUCAAAUUCAAAUUUGGACCUGGUUUGAUACCUUGGAAAACAGUGCCAAGUUCAUGAGUCUAGCAAAAGCGUUUUGAGGUCAGGUUAUAGGUGUUCUGUGUUAUCAUUGCAUUUCUUACAGAAGAGUUUGACAAGUUCAUUGUAGAAUGGAAAUUAUUACAUGACCAGCAAACGCCUCUGAGUGUGACCGUAGAUGUGCAGUUGUAACAUCACAUCAUAAUGUUAUUUUCACUCUGUAUUCAAACUUGGAAAUACCACCCUUACUGGAGAGUAAGGGACGAUAGGAUCUGUGCAGAAGAAAUCAAGCUUUUUUGUAGAUUUUCAUGUAACAAAGACAGAUUAGAGAUAUAAAGUGUCAGGGUUUCUUUCAUGUCUGGGAAUUGUGUUUCUUUUGACCAAUACAGUUUAUUGUGUCGUAAAGAGUGAGGAAACCUGUGUGCAUGUCUUGCCAAGAGUUCCCUAAGAGGACCUGCAGGUAUCCCCGUCCUCUGAAGACUGUCAUAGGGAAUGAGACAGCUCAUGGACUCGGGGACUUGUCCUCCACAGCAGAGGACCCUGAGGAGGUGUCUGUUGGAAUGAGGAUAUGUCCCCACCUGGACUGUUGUGGUGAACCAGCAAUUCCUCCGCUGAACUGGAUGGAAACGGUCAAGUCCACAACGUGCUGGGUGUCCUGCUUUUGUGCGCCUACACAUACACUCCCCCCACUACACAGAUGCUGCAGUUUUUCUUUAGGUAAAUCUAUAGGACUGUCAAAGCGUGCAUCCAAUCCGGAAUGUCAAGUUUGUCUUAGUGAAAUCCAUUUUCUAACAAAUGUAGGGAAAUCAUCCUGGCAAUUUGUAACUUGGUUGUAAACAGAAAUUAACAAGUUAAUCUGAAAUUGUUUUAUAAAUGUCUGAAUUUCUGAUUUAGAAAAAGAUCCCAUUCAGAGUUCUGCAAAUUACACCAUGUUUUCUCCUAGAAGACAUUUUCUGUACUUGUUGAUAUUAUUUCUCUGAAAUUGUUAUGCAGAAUAUUGCAUCUGCUUUGUUUGUUUUUGCUCUAAAAUGUU